UGGAAAUCGAUAAGUAAGCAAAAACGACACAUAUUUAGAACGAAGGUCAUGGAAGAAACAGAAGCAGUUGCAUACACAAUAACAGGUGGAAGUGGCCAAUAUAGCUAUAGCAAGAACUCCAACUUUCAGAGAAAGGCUGCAGAUGCUGCUAAAGAACUGAUAAACAAGUCGAUUGCUGAGAAACUUGAUGCCGAUAUCCUUUCAUCUUCAAACACCUUCCGACUCGCUGACUUGGGUUGCGCAGCUGGGCCUAACACAUUCGUGGCGGUGCAAAACAUAAUCGACGCUUUGGAACAAAAGUUUCAAAACCAGGAAAAGAUUUCUCAUCCACCAGAGUUUCAAGUCUUCUUCAAUGAUCAUGCAUCAAAUGAUUUCAAUCACCUUUUCACAACCCUCCCUCAGGAAAGGCGGUAUUUCGCCGUGGGAGUGCCGGGUUCUUUCCACGGUCGAAUAUUUCCGAGAGCCUCCCUUCACUUCGUGCACUCUUCAUAUGCUGCCAAUGUUUUUUCUAGAUUGCCAAAAGAGGUCAUGGACAGGAAAUCUCCUGCUUGGAACAAAGGAAGAAUCCACUAUUCGAAUUCUACGGAUGAAGUUGUAAAGGCUUAUGAAACUCAAUACGCCAAAGACAUGGAAAGCUUUCUUAAAACCAGAGCAGAAGAGAUUGUUCAUGGUGGAUUGUUGGCCUUAAUUGUUCCCGGACGCCCCAACGGAACUCCUCAUUCCGAAGCCUUUGUUAACAGGACAUGUGAAGUCCUGGGGUCCUGCCUCGUGGACGUGGCGAACAAGGGUAUGAUCAACAAUGAACUUGUGGACUCCUUUAAUGUGGGAACAUAUUUUGCGUCUCCGCAAGAAAUGGAAGCAGUAGUAAAACGACAAGGAUGCUUCAGCAUAGAAAUAAUUGAGAGCGUACCGCUAGAAAGGGCUCGACCAAAAGAAAUUUCGUCUACCUUGAGAGCUGGCAUGGGAGGAACAAUAAAGGAGCACUUCGGAGAGGAGAUUUUAGAUGAGCUCUUCGAUUUAUUCUACAAGAAAUUGGAAGAAAACUCAUCCUUCAUUUACGAUUCGGGAAACGCGAUCAGUCUAUUUGUUUUACUCAAACGCGUAGCUACCGAAUAGAGGAAUCUUGCUGUACAAUCAUUCCGGCAUGAAUGUUUUAAACACUAGAAGAGAAAAGGAAAUAAAUCAAGUUGAAUGAACUUAAAAGUUCAGCUUAUUUCAUAUGCUUGAUGUAAAUUAAUUGUGAAAAUGACUUUGUUUUCACUUCAAGAAUAAGUUCCGAAAUGAUUGAUAAUGUCAUAUAUAUUUGUACUGAUCUAUAAAAU